CACUCUGCGCGACUAUACCCCUACGACUUAACGGGUGGUGUUAACUACCGUGGAGCUUUGGUCCGCGGACUCAGACUGGACCUAGAAAACGCUGACAGAAUCGAUUCCCUGCUCCAAAAGGAACCACUGCAUGCCUCUAAACCUGCACUCGGGUUCAUCAAGGGUGCGCCGGUUUUUACAUUCGCCGUGCUACUUGCUCGCCAGGAGGAGCAGUGGAAACCCAAAAUGGGUGUGCACGCAUUCCUCUCUAGUCACGCCCGAGGUGGGAGAGAUGGGCGAGAGAAGGAAGAUAUAGCGACGCCACUGGCUGAGGGUUGGCUGGGUGUUGACGCCGUCCAUCGUUGA